AAGGUGUGUUGUUUCAGUGUAGUUUUGUUGUGUUGUCUCUCUAGGGUUUGUAAGGUUUGAUUUCAUUAAACAUAAGGAGAGGGGAAAAAAUCGAAAAAAAAAGGAAGGAUUUGAAGAUUGCUCGUGGAAGAGAUGGCUCAGAUUCUAGUUCAGCAUCAGAGUCCUCCUGUUUCCGGACCGAAUGGUGUGGCGGCGAAUGCGAAUUCUGGCGGUGGUCAGUUUCUGUCGACGUCUCUCUACGUUGGCGACCUUGACUUCAAUGUCACCGACUCGCAGCUCUAUGAUCUGUUUAACCAAGUGGGUCAGGUUGUGUCGGUUAGGGUUUGUAGGGACUUGGGCACUCGGCGAUCUCUUGGUUACGGUUAUGUCAACUACAGCAACCCUCAAGAUGCGGCAAGGGCAAUGGAUGUACUUAACUUUACUCCUCUCAAUGGAAGGGCUAUCAGAAUUAUGUAUUCUCAUAGAGACCCUAGUAUUCGUAAAAGUGGUACCGCAAAUAUAUUUAUAAAGAAUUUGGACAAAACAAUUGACAACAAAGCAUUACAUGAUACUUUUUCUAGCUUUGGCAACAUCCUUUCUUGCAAGAUAGCUACCGAUCCUUCUGGCCAGUCUAAAGGCUAUGGUUUUGUACAAUUUGAUAGUGAAGAAGCUGCCCAAAAUGCAAUUGACAAGUUAAAUGGCAUGCUCAUUAAUGAUAAACAAGUUUUUGUUGGACAUUUCCUUCGUAAGCAGGAAAGAGACACUGUUAUGAGCAAGACCAAAUUCAAUAAUGUAUACGUGAAAAAUCUCUCAGAAUCUGUAACGGAUGAUGAUCUUAAGAAAUUUUUUGGUGAAUAUGGAACAAUUACCAGUGCUGUAGUGAUGAGGGAUGCUGAUGGAAAAUCCAAGUGUUUUGGAUUUAUCAACUUUGAAAAUGCAGAUGAUGCUGCUAAUGCUGUUGAGGCUCUAAAUGGAAAGAAAUUUGACGACAAGGAAUGGUAUGUUGGAAAAGCCCAGAAGAAAUCUGAAAGAGAAGUUGAACUAAAAAGUCGUUUUGAGCAGACUGUGAAGGAAACAGUUGACAAGUUUCAAGGGGUGAAUUUGUACAUCAAAAACUUGGAUGAUACCAUUGAUGAUGAAAAGCUGAAGGAGCUUUUUGCAGAGUUUGGUACAAUUACGUCAUGCAAGGUUAUGUGUGAUCCUAGUGGAGUAAGUAGAGGAUCAGGAUUUGUUGCCUUCUCGACUCCUGAAGAAGCAUCUCGAGCUCUUGCAGAGAUGAAUGGUAAAAUGAUCGUCAGCAAACCCCUUUACGUUGCACUUGCGCAACGGAAAGAAGAGCGAAGAGCAAGAUUGCAGGCACAAUUUUCACAAAUGAGGCCUGUUGCAAUUGCACCUUCAAUUGCUCCUCGCAUGCCAAUGUAUCCUCCUGGUGCUCCAGGGUUGGGACAACAAUUAUUUUAUGGGCAAGCUCCGCCUGCUAUAAUUCCUCCCCAGGCUGGAUUUGGUUACCAGCAGCAGCUUGUUCCUGGAAUGAGGCCAGGUGGGGGUCCCAUGCCAAAUUUCUUUGUGCCAAUGGUUCAACAGGGCCAACAGGGCCAACGCCCAGGCGGGAGACGUGGAGCUGGUCCUGUUCAACAAGCUCAGCAGCCUGUGCCACUGAUGCAGCAGCAGAUGCUUCCUAGGGGACGUGUGUAUCGUUAUCCACCUGGUCGCAACAUGCCAGAUGUUCCUAUGCCAGGUGUUGCUGGAGGAAUGCUUUCUGUUCCAUAUGACAUGGGUGGCAUGCUACCACGAGAUGCUGCUAUGGGACAGCCUAUGCCAGUUCCAGCUUUGGCUACUGCCCUUGCAAAUGCAGCGCCUGACCAGCAGAGGACGAUGUUGGGUGAAAAUUUGUACCCACUAGUGGAUCAGCUGGAGCAUGAGCAUGCAGCCAAGGUUACAGGCAUGCUUCUGGAGAUGGACCAGACUGAGGUUCUGCAUCUGCUUGAAUCACCAGAUGCUCUGAAGGCAAAAGUUGCGGAGGCCAUGGAGGUCUUGAGGAAUGUUGCUCAGCAGCAGGCUAACAGUCCGACUGACCAACUAGCCUCGCUGUCCCUGAAUGAUAAUCUUGUUUCCUGAGUGUUGCCUGAUCGACUGAAACACUUCCAUGUGUCAUGGUACAAUCUAAAGGAUGGUUUACUGGUUGUGAAAGCCCUAGAUUUCAUUUAGUACUUUUGUUAUUUUGUUUUGGUAAUAUGUUGGAUUCCAAAGGUUUGAAACAUUAUCUGUUUUGAUUUUUGGAUGUUUUUUUUUGAAAACUUAAGAUUUUCAGACUUCUAUGGUAUGCCUACCUUUUGUGCCUCUUGUUUUAAA